AUGGCUUACGUCCUCUCUCUUAUGCCCCAGAGUCCGCUGGGGACACCUUACGAUCAACGAAGUUAUGAAAGAUCAUGGUCAUCAUUGGGCAGUACCGGUACCGUCCAUCGUCGUCGUUCGAGACAGUUGUCGGUCGGUUCUCUGGCAUCUGCAGCUUCGCUAUACAACACACCGUGGCGCUCGGCUUCGAACCAUGGCACGCCGCUACGAUCAACUUCCUACUCAGAUCUCGAGAAGGGCACAACCCCUGCAGCUCUCAGCCCUCCAAUUAUUGCAAGCAAUAUAUCUCGUUCUCUCAGCGUCCCACCUGCCGUACCGCAACUCGUGACCACUGCUACCACACCCCUGCCGUCUCCGGUCGAAUCGGAUCCUCUUCUCGCUACACCGGCUAAGAGGACCGAAUACUCUGCUUUGGACCUCGUCGACGAAGAAAGAGCUGAUUGGGACGAAGAAGACCAUGCUCUGCUCGAAUCCGAGACGUACGAUAGCUCUGCUCCACAUCUUGAGCCUCCGGUAACCUUUGACUGUGUCGAAACUUCAUCAUCGUCGCUUCACCAACCUUUCUCGAGAUGGAUGAAUACCCUGAGAAUGAAGAAAGCGGCUUACAAAAGACAUAUCCGACCGAAACUUGACGCCCUCAUGAUCACUCACGCAAGCCAAUCUGUUGUCACCUCGCCGGAUCCCUCUAUUAGAGGUCAUCGUAAGUCAGGGUCUUGGACUUCGUCUGUCAACUUCAUCACCGCCGUCAAGUCAGCCACCAUGACGGUUGCUAGUGCAAGUAUUGCUCCUUUGUCGAGGUCGGCCAGCAAGAGGUCUAGUCAUCCCAGGCUGUACCGUGGGAGCAGUGGCUUGUUCGAUUCCGAGCCUCGCUUUUCGACAGAGAGCGGUCGCCCUUCGUUGAGCCUCAUUAUCGACGAUGCCGCCCGCCAGAGAGCAAAGAAACGUCGCGAGAAGAUUGAAGAAUUGAUCAAGACCGAGGAGAGCUAUCUUUCUGACCUCAAGGCUUUGAGCAACGCAUACUUUACGUUCUUGCCUCCAACCUCGCCCUUUCCCUCGGUACAAGUUCGUGCUUCGGCCCGAAGUAACAUCACCAACAUGCUCCAAUUACACACCGAAUUACUGGAAGACCUCCACCGCGUUGUCCCAUUCUCAGAACACGAUCAAACCAUUACCGAUGAUUCAACACCAAAGCGCAAGCCCCUUCAUGUCCGCUGGCACAGCGAGGAUUCUAUCCCUGUCCGACGACCUCCUUUGGGCACCAGUCAUACCGGGUGGUCGAACCGCUAUUCACUGGACUCCCACAGAGCUCCGAGCCAGGAGCCGCUGUCUCUUACGUGUACGCCAGCUACAGCUGCCGACAUUGGUCGCAUCUUUGCAAAGAAUAUCAAGCGGUUCGCCCUCUAUGAAGAGUACAGCGCAAGGUGCGAGUCGAUGCACGAUGAUAUCGACUUUACGCAGAGGACAUCUUUCUCUGUCUGGGACUAUGACAAAGCUAUCGAGACGCUGUCUGCUUCUGUGAAUCCCAUCAAGAGCCGAGAGGCAAAUCGCAGGAAGGCACUCAGCAUCAAAGACCUGCUCAUCAAGCCUAUCCAGAGAAUUACUCGUUACGAGUUGCUCUUCAAGGACCUCUGCAGACUCACACCUUCAUGUGAUGACCCUACUUCUCACGCAGUUCUGGACGAUGUCCUGUACCGUCUCGGAGAGACCUGUCGUAAUGUAGAUGAGUCGAGGGACAAUCCAGACAAGCUUCGGCUGAUGGAAAACUCCUGGAUUCUCCAAGAUCGCCUUUGCUUCUCUGACAAACUUCCACGCGAGCUUUUGUUCCAGCGCCUUGGCCGUUUAUCUCUCUGCGGUACAUUGUAUGUUGCCUACCGAAACAAGACGAAGUUCCAUGGAUGUUACAUGAUCUGUGUCUUAUACGAGUCAUGCCUUCUACUCGCUCUGGCAGAUCGAAAUUCCUCAAAGUACAAGGUUGUCGUCGGCACUUCCUUGGCGUCAACGAGCAUCGAGGAGAGCGAUAAUGGAAAAGGACUUCAAUGUCAUACGGCACCAUUUACCUGGAAGGUUGUCUUCGAAAGUGGCGGUAAAAUGUACGAGCUGAUCCUGGGAGCUUGCUCCGAGGCGGAAGAGAGCGUUUGGCGAGACCGUCUUGCUGGAAGAAUCGCUGUCGAGGCACAGCACGUUGCCGAAGGUCACAUUGUCCCGAUCGAUCUUCAAUCUCCGCUCACACGAGAGCUUCGGAGCAUUGGCAAAGCAUAUGGCAAGGCUAGAGGCUUUGUUCGCCGGCUCUCAAUCCAGCGUACGGCUACACUGGGACCGAUGAUAGACAGCAACCAAGUCAUCAUCAUGCACACUUCAGCCCCGAAAGACGACAUGACUAACGCUUCGACCUCUUCGUUGCCAGGACGGUCCAAGUCGCUUCCAACCACCAGUGGUGUACCUAUUUUGGCACCCAUGCGGGCAGAACGCAUCAAGGUCGAGACAGCGAUGUAUGAUGUGUGGACAAAGGAUUCAAUUCCUUACCCAGGCAUGGGUUCAAGACGUACCGAGAACAUAUUCAAGGACACUGCCAACGAUUUGCUCCGCAAGCUGAGCAUGGCGAGCAUCGCAAGCAAUUUCUCCAGACGAUCAAUGAGCUAUACCAGUGUCCACAACAGCCAUGCACCGACCGAGAAGCUCGUCAAAGCUAAGCCAAUACAACGACCUGACGCAGUCAAGCCGAAGCGUCCACCUCUUGUAAACUUCCAAAAUGCGCCGGACGCAUUCCUUCCUGAGGAUUUCGAGCUACAAGGACCAGAUUCGAAGCGUAGUCGUCGACUCGGACUGCGUACGUUGACAAUGACAGACCGACCGCGUUCACCAUUCUUCUUCUCGGAGAACAAAGCACCGGAGCUCAAACGAGCCAAGAGUACGACACAGGCGCGUGCACCAACGGAUGGCGAGGUCAAAGCUGAAACGGUGGAUGAAUCGGGCAGGAAGGACAGCUUGCAAGUUUUGCAGAGCAAGGCUGGCAACACAGUGGCAGGCGCGGCGAGAAACGAAGCAAAAGCGGUGGAAACAGAUGCGACGAGGAAGAAGAGACCAAGACUCUUGAGGUAUCUGACCAGCAAGUCUCGGGUUGGUGACGAACGAGUGGGAUGA